ACUGUGUGGUGCUGAGCUCAGACUCCUCAGCACAGUCUGGAUCACCAUCACCAGGACGCAGAGGAGAGGACUCUUUGUUUGACGUGGGAUUCUCCUCCUUCUCAUCCUUCAUCAUUGCUUCUUGUUGUUUUUGUUUGUUUUGGUAGCAUGACAGAACUUGGACUUGUCUUUUGGGGGUGAAAAUGGUCCGCUUCAAAUGUCCAUUUUUACCGAGCUGGAGCUGAGCUUUCAUUCAGAGUCCAAGUGGAUCCACACGGCGGGAUGGAUACAAAUGAGUGUGGGGUGCUCAAACUUUUUGUUGUGGGGUUUUUAGUCAACGCAUGGAUGAUGGGAGGAUUAUCAGCUACUGAGAGUUCCAGCAUAGAGCCCACUUCCGCCCGGCCGAGGAGACCCUGUAAUGAAUCCCGCUUGGAGUGGGAAGUGGAGGUCUGUGGGGAAGCGUUCAAGCGGGACAUGGCCCACAUAGACCCGCAGUAUUGGUGCAACCUCACGCACUUCAUCAGUGAGUACCAUCUCUUUACGCACUGCACGGAGACCAAAUCCCUCACUGUCCACUGCUACUGGCCCAAUCCGCUGGUGGAGGGCUACAUCAUCCGCAUACACAAGCACUUUUUCUCCAACUGCACCAUGGAUCAGGUGGUCUGGGUGGACCCCCCGGACGACACGCUGGCCAUCCUCAUCCUGAUUCCAGUUUUCCUCACCUUGGCCAUGAUCGCAUUGGUGGUUUGGUGCAGCAAGAGGAGCGACAACCUGGCUUAGGAAACCAACAUGGACGACAGGAGUCUUCACCAAAGGAGCUUCUCUGGAGUUGCUAGGUUGACAUCGACGCCAAGGUCAAGAGGGAACAACAGAAAGGCUGCUUCGUUUUUGCUCUCAGUGCACUUUUAUUGGUCAAGUAUGAAAACCAGUAACACUUUGGGUCCGAACCACUAGCUUCAGCAUUGAACCAGGGCGCGGAUGGAUCAGGUUUACCGACACAAAAACCAAAACCAGUUAGAUAAGCAGAAUACUUGACGCUAACCGGGCAGUCCUCAGACUUUCCCAUCUCUUAUAGAACGUCUUUAGCAUCUUAGAAAAGACACAGGGGGGCUUUUUGGCGAACUCCAAAGCAAACCAAAGUCUUUAUUUUUCUCUCUUUUUAGAGAUUUGACACCAACUAUGUCACUUCUAUUGUUGGCAUUGCCCCACCCACAACGCCGCAAGCGGUGGUUCUCAACUGGUUUGGCGCGGGGACCCACCAUCACCCUUUCAUGACGAGCGACCCAAGUUCUUCACAGUACUUCUCGAAUAUUGUAUACUUCAUGGAAAGUUUGAAUGUUGUUUAUCACAGUUACGUGGUUCCAGACCUGACCGCCAUACGUGCAUUUCCGCAAAGUAGGUUAUUAUGAAUAUUAGAGCUCUUCAGACAUGAAAUAGCACCCCUAUAGUCACAUUUUUACAUUCUUAUUACGCAGUAUAGAAGAUAUAAGAGAAUCUAGACCAAGAUGGACUCACAUGUAAACAAUCGGAGAGUUACUGAACUUCCUGUGGUGGCUAUUAGCUCAUCAAGGUAACAUUACUGCCACCUAGUGACCAGUGUAGGAUAUGAUAUACAUAUCAUCACAUCUUUGAAUGAGUCUUCUGAAUGCCUUAUUUUGUAUCUUUGCUCAUUUAGCAAUUUUUAUGCUCCAUUUAGGCACACAAAAAAUUGCUUAAAUAUGCGUAUUUUAUUUUCCUAAUUGGCCGUACUUUUUUGAUUUUGAUAUUUUUGAAAAAUCUUGAGAUUGAAGCUGUGAAAUCUGAACUGAUUACUGUAGAGUGAGAAUUAUAAAGCAUACUCAUAGACAAUAACAUACAAUGAUAACGUCAUUAAACAGGUUUGAAACAACAAUAAAGCGCUUGGUCGCCAAGUUAAGGAGCAUUCAUAUACAACGCCUCCUUCAGAAUAAAAGCACAUGAUCGUUUUCAUACAGACGAGUUGAGAAUCACUGUUCUGAAGGGUCUCCCAGUCGUAAUUUGGUCUUUGCUGACUUCUCCGACAUCAAUUGACUUUCCAAAUAAAAGCCCCUUCCAGAUGCCAAAGGUGUAACGUGCCAAGAGGUGAAAGAAAGCAAUUAGGAUUGAAAUGUACUGGAUUUCCUUAGUCCAUACUGGAGAUGGAGAUGGUGUUACCUUUCGUCACGAGCUUGCUUUUUGUUUUUUUUUACUCAACUGUUCAUUGAGACACUGGUUGCUGAUCUAACUCUGCGAAGAGUCGUGUAUAUUUGCCAAAACUAUUUAUUGUACUUGCCUUAGAGGUAUAUGUCCGGUGUGAAACAGUAUUACCUGUUGAAGACUUUGAGCAGUUGGACGGAUGAACAGACCGAACCUUCAAAGCGACCUCGGAGGUUCUUGUCGGAGCACUGUAUCCUAGCUGAAGGCCAAAGCAUCCCAGUGACGGAACUCUUUCAACUCGUGGGAAAUGCGAUUCCCCGUGGACAACAUUUGUUCGGUAUUUUUAACAUGAAACAGGAUGAAAAGGAACCCGGACUUUGGACUUGAAAGGGAUUUUCUAAGUUUCCACUCCAUGUUGACUUACUGAUGGGACGGUGGCAACUGGAGAAGAACACAGACACCCGAACCCCAGACAACACCAGGAUUCAAGCGGUUUGAGUCCCUGGUGGCUGUUUUCUAACAGUGUAACUUAUCAGAUACUGUUGAAUAAAACUCUGUUCAUAC